AUUGAACGAGAGAGAGAGAGAAUUGAGAAUUCAGACAGAUGGAGUCGCCAUUUAAGAGAGAUAUAUUGAAAGGAAAGGUAGCUUUGAUAACAGGAGGUGGGUCUGGAAUUGGGUUUGAGAUAUCAACACAGUUUGGGAAACAUGGUGCCUCUGUUGCCAUCAUGGGUAGACGCAAGCAGGUUCUUGACUCUGCCGUCUCCCAUCUUAACUCCCUUCAAAUUCCCUCUGUCGGCUUUGUGGGGGAUGUUCGCAAGCAGGAAGAUGCUAAAAGAGUUCUGGAAUCAACUUUCAAACAUUUUGGCAGGAUUGACAUUCUUGUAAAUGCAGCAGCUGGCAAUUUUCUUGUAUCACCCGAGGAUUUGUCCCCUAACGGAUUUCGAACAGUUAUGGAUAUUGAUGCUGUUGGCACAUUCACUAUGUGCCAUGAAUCCCUGAAGUAUCUCAAGAUAGGAGGGCUGGGACGAAGCUCUUCUGGCGGUGGAACAAUUUUAAACAUUAGUGCUACUUUGCACUAUACAGCAGCGUGGUAUCAGAUACAUGUAUCUGCAGCAAAGGCAGCUGUUGAUGCUAUUGCUCGAAACCUGGCAUUGGAGUGGGGCACUGACUAUGAUAUUAGAGUUAAUGGGAUUGCUCCUGGCCCCAUUGGUGAUACCCCUGGCAUGAGUAAACUUGCACCUGACGAUAUUAAUAGCAAAGCAAGGGAUUACAUGCCUCUGUAUAAACUAGGGGAAAAGUGGGACAUUGCUAUGGCUGCUCUCUACCUUGCUUCUGAUGCUGGUAAAUUUGUCAAUGGAACCACCAUAGUUGUUGAUGGAGGACUUUGGCUGAGCCGCCCUCGUCAUCUACCAAAGGAUGCUGUCAAGCAGCUUUCUCGAACUGUGGAGAAGAGAUCCCGAGAUGCACCAGUUGGGGUUCCGUCCAGCAAGCUUUAAGUGAGCAUGACAAUAUAUAUAUUAUAAAAGAUAGCAUAAUAAUCACAUCCAACGAAUUGGAAAAAUGUAUUGUAAUUGUUACAUUAAUCAUUUCAUGGGUUUGAUUUCCCGCCAUCUUAA